AUGGAGUGGCGGCCAUACCCAUAUCCCACCGAUAAAUCCCCUCUGGAAGGCACAACUGCUCAACAUGAAGAAGAGUGGCUCCACGCGGCGUACACCGAUCCUAUCUUUAUUCACCCAAUCGGUUACCGGGACAUAACUGAAGCUGUCAAGUUGGAACUCUUACAAAGAACCUUUUGGCCACCGCUAGUAUCAUGGGUCGAAGCUCGUCGAGAGGUACUCCCCAGCGGCGAAGUACUAGGCGGUUGGUCUCGCGCCGACAUGUAUGGCAUGAUGGACUGGUAUCGACUUUGCUUCAAUAUGACAUCGCGAUAUGAAGACGCUGUGGCCGCCCACGAAGAUGGGAUAUGGAGGACUGUGAUCCUAACCUCCCCAUGGUGGGACUGGCCCGAGUUUGCAUAUCUCUAUGUCAAGACUAUCCGUGACGACAAGGGACUUCCAGUGAGAGACGCCAAUGGCCGCAUCAGGAGGGAAAUGAGAGACCCAUACGACGAUAAGCUCGAGGACGAGUUCAUGGAUACCUGGGAAAGGGUCGCUAACAAGCGGCCGUUGAGAAAACAUGCCAACGGACAGGUUUUCCUGCCCUGUGACAGGCCCUCCGUGUCUAGGGCGGCGAGCACUGGAGCUGUUAUGGCUGCCAAAGCCAAUGGAAAUGGUGUUGGUUCAAACGGGCCAAGCAAGGUGGCCGCUCCCCAGGCUGCGAGGUGA